CAGCAGGAGCAUCUGCAUGAACAAUGAAGCGGCUGACUUGGAAGGAAAGUAUGUGGUGAAAGGAGAGAUGAAGCGGACGUUAGAGGAGUGUCGAGGUGAUGGGAUCGUUCAUCGGCACUGAUUUGACCGGAUAUCUGAGCUGUGAAUGACCUCUAACGGUGCAGGGAAUAAGACGUUUCUAAUACUUUGUUGUCUGCAGACUCAAUCCUCUUAGUGAUAGCGUUACGUUGGCGGGUUUGUGUUUGCUUCUUGAUGAACUUUCACACUAAAGUCAUUCAUUAAAAUAGGCUACAAAGGCUAGAUUACCUUAGUGUCUUAAUUUAUUAGAGAAUAUGAUCAUUGAAUGGCCUACAGUCUACUAGAUUGGACCAAAGAGCUGAAUAGCAAUUCUUCUUUAUUCCAAAAAGGAUUUUUUUUUUGUUCUUCUGGUGAUCCAACUAAAGGGGUGAGUCUUCAACACAGCAGAUCACCUUUAUAUUUUUAUCCACUACAUUGAUAGAUAUAUUUUUUUAAUAUUGUGGCAUAAGCGUGAUGUCAUGAGCCGGCCAUCUGUUGUGGGAACCUACUUAAACCUGCAAGCAGAUUAACCAGUGAAAGGUCCAAAAGCAUCAGUCUGGACGUUUCUGUGCCAGUUGGCUUCCUGGUGGUGGAGGAGGGAUGCUGAGGGCCACCGUGGGCUCAGUGGAGCAGAGAGACGAGGAGCCGGAGGAUGAAGGUGAGGAAGAGUUGAGGGAUGGAGGGGUGCCUUUCUAUGUGAACAGAGGAGGCCUCCCGGUGGAUGAGGAGACUUGGGAGAGGAUGUGGCGCCAUGUGGCUCGAAUACAUCCCCACGGUGAAGCUUCGGGGAAGGAGAUCCGAACUGCCACUGACCUGCCCAAGAUUCCAAUACCGAGUGUGCCUACAUACCAACCUACCACCACAAUCCCACAGCGCCUGGAAGCCAUACAGAAAUACAUCAGGGAAUUGCAGUACAAUCACACGGGAACACAGUUUUUUGAAAUUAAGAAGAGCCGGCCUCUUACUGCGUUGAUGGACAUUGCUAAAGAGAUGACACGGGAGGCUCUGCCAAUCAAAUGCCUGGAGGCGGUGAUCCUGGGGAUUUACCUCACCAACAACAUGCCCGGUGUGGAGCGCUUCCCCCUCAGCUUUCAGUCUCACUUCUCAGGGAACCACUUCCACCACAUUGUGCUGGGAGUUCACAGCGGGGGGCGCUUCGGUGCGCUGGGCACCAGCCGGAGGGAGGACCUCAUGUUCAAGCCCGUGGAGUUCCGGACACUGAUGGACCUGGUGCAAGAAUUCGAAGGAGCCUACAGGGGCUACUGGCACACCCUGCGCAAGGUCAGGAUCGGCCAGUACGUGUCCCACGACCCUCACAGCGUGGAGCAGAUAGAGUGGAAACAUUCGAUACUAGACGUAGACAAGCUGACCAAGGAGGAGCUGCGGAAGGAGCUGGAGAGACACACUCGAGACAUGAGGCUGAAGAUUGGAAAGCCUGCACCACCCUCUCCCACCAAAGACAGGAGAAACAGCAUGGGUUCCCCCCUCAGAGGACCGGGCAGCCCCAUACGCAGGAUCAGCCGCGUGGAGAGACGUCCCUCUGGAGAGAAGAAGGUUCUGGAGCAAAAAUCCUCAGCAGAUAUAAACGGAUACCAGAUUCGAGUCUGAAGAAGAAUUUUAUGUUGCUUGUAAAGUUACAAGGUACCACACACUUGUUUCACUGAGGUUCUUUCUUUGUACACAUUGGCCUAUUCACUGGAUGCAAUGUUGAAUAGGUCACCAGCAACUUUCCUCUCAAAACAAACGCCUCAUUCAGCUUCCCUAUGUCUGCGUUGUCCGAGGCUUUUUCUGGAGCAGUUACUGUGCAUAGUAAUUGGUGCUGGCAGCGUUCCUAAAUUAUAAAGAGGGGACAAAAGUGCAGUACUUUGUAAACAUUUUUAAAAAACUGCUCAACACAGUGAGAAAUGUGACUCUUCCUCGACACUGGGCGAGACUACCACUCAGUGUAAAUGUGCUACGGGACAUAUCAUAGGUUUUUUGUGGUGUUAUUGUGUUCAACAAAAGCUCUUAAGGCUCGUCUGCAAUCUGUAGCGUCGUACUGUAAGUGUGCAAAUACAUGUAAUGUAAUUUUAAAUCCACUUAGGCUCUGCUGGGCAGCGAUUGCUUGUGUAGUCACUAGUUUGCAAACCACUACCCUUGUGCCUUGUAUGAAAAUUCAAAGAAAAAAACUUUUUAUAUCCACCCCAUUAUUCUCACUCUCUAACUGAAUACAAAGCAGCGUAAUCUCUGCUCUUCCAAAAUACUGAAAAUUGUGUUGAGAAAAGUGUGAGAAAGUUUUGUGACACUAGAUGCUAGCAUGUUUAGCAUGCUACCUACCUUAUCGAGACUGAAUAUGGGUAUUGAUAUACAAACGUAUAUUUAAGUGUAUGAAGUGAUAAUAUGGGAAACAGGUUAUUCUGGCUGCUGAAUACUAAACAAGACAAUUAUCUAGGUGACUAUCGGCAACACAGCUGACUGGGAUCUACAUUUAAUGUAGGUGUAAAGAAGUCAGUUCAUAUGUACUGUAUAACUGCUUAAUGUAUGCAUUUUUUCUUUUAUUUGUAGCAACUUUAUCCGUUAUUUCACUUGCCUUAAGUGGUACAACUUCCUCUUAAGCUAAGUUGUAAGGACGCUUGCACUUUUAUCUGCAUUUUGUAUUUUUUUUAAAUGUCAUUUUAUACUUCCCUCAGUGUUGAUGACCACCAGUUGACGGAUAUUUACCACACACUGUUUUUGAAUAUGUUGCGGCAGCCAGCA